UCAAAUGCUUUCUCUUCAGCCUCCCCCUUUCUUCUUCUUCUUCUUCUUUCCCGUACUCUGCCUUUGUCUGUCUCUGCUUAUUUUGCUUAUCUCUUGCCAAAAAUUCAGUACUUUUUGCAAGCUAUCUAACUUCGAAACGGUGUCGUUUAUCCUCUACUACACUUCCAACUUACGAUAAAGCUCAAGUUUUGAUUUUGGGGAAUCAAGGAUUUUGAUCGCCCAUAAUAAAACUCUCAACUUUUAAUGCUAAACUUUCAAAAUUUAGCAAAAAAGUUGAUUUUUUGCAAGAGAACAAAAAGAAAAGGAAAAAAAGGAACAAACUCUCUGGUAGUGGUUGGUUUGAAAGACAAAACCAUUUUCUCUGGCUUUUAAGCUUACAGUGCCGUGGAAUUUGGGUGAUUCUUCUCGAGGGUUUGAUCUUUUAAAGUUGGGGUUUUGUUUUGAUAUCUCUCUUUGCCAAUGCAGCUUUUGUAAUCUGGUUGAUGGUAUCUGCAAAUUGAGUUCAUAGGUGAGAAAAGAUGAUGGAAAAUAAGAGGAGUCCUUGCUCUGUUAACCAGAGCAGCCUCACAUCUCUUGCAUCCAAACGACACAAGGCUGAUCUAUCUUUCUCAAAUAAGGAAAAGAAAGAGAAGGUCGGGGAACGAAUUGUAGCUUUGCAAAAGCUUGUUUCACCUUAUGGGAAGACGGAUACAGCCUCUGUUCUUUUAGAGGCAAUGGAAUACAUACAGUUCCUUCAUGAACAAGUUAAGGUGUUGAGUGCUCCGUAUCUCCAAAGCUUGUCUGCAGCUAAGAUGCAGGAGUUGGAGCAAUACAGCCUGCGAAGCAGAGGGUUGUGUCUUGUUCCGAUCUCUUGUACUGUGGGAGUUGCUCGGAGCAAUGGGGCAGAUAUUUGGGCCCCCAUCAAGACAAGUACUUCUCCCAGGUUCGAGAAGCCUGUUUCACAAUUCAAUUGACAUACUCCUACGUAUAGUUCUAAAUAGGCCAGUGGUGUAAAGGGUAACCAACUUUUCGACUUUUUAUUUAAUGUGCAACAACUUCUCGUUAGACACCGUCAACUUUGUAACAGAAAUUAAUGGAGACAAAUGAGCUCGAAUCACGCUAGCACCAAAGUGGUUAUUUGUUGUUGUGUAUCCAAAUCGAAAUCUGAUGCCACAAAAGUUUUGAACUAGUGGUGUGAUUGAAGCUUAUAUACUAGUACGCGGGAUGAUACUGUAUUUUAUCCUGAUAUUGCGGAAUGUAUAUUUAUGAAUAUGAGCAGUAUUAUGGCGUCUCUGUAUUAAGUCUAGAGAAAUAUGUGGAGGGGAAUUUAAUGGGUU